AUGCUCGUUAACAUCUCGCGCCGCGCACCGCGUAUGUACGCGCCUCUGCGUGCGCGCGCGCUCGCCACCUCUGCAUCGCGUCUCAACCCCCGUUCCACCGAGCCAGUCCGCUCGACCACGGCCACACAGCCCCACCCCCUUCCUCCCUCCAAGUCGUUCCGUCCUGCCGCGACCUCAAUCUUCACGCCGCUCGACACUUUCGUCCCCCGUCACGUCGGCCCCACCGAGAAGGACACCCAGGAGAUGCUCGACACUCUCGGGUACAAGACGAUGGACGACUUUGUCAAGGCGACCGUCCCUGAUGACGUUCGCAUUUCCGAGUUCACCAGCAAUGACAUUGCGCCGUACUCGGAGCUUGAGCUUCUCCGCCGCGUCGAGGAGAUUGGCUCCAUGAACAAGAACAUGAAGUCGUACAUUGGUAUGGGCUACCACAAUGCUGUCGUCCCCCCCGUUAUCCAGCGUAGCUUGUUCGAGAACCCGGGCUGGUACACCGCCUACACGCCCUACUCGCCCGAGCAGUCGCAGGGUCGCCUCGAGUCGCUCAUCAACUACCAGACCGUGACCAUUCAGCUCACCGGUCUCCCGAUUGCCAACGCCUCGCUCCUUGACGAGGCGACCGCCGCCGCCGAGGCUAUGGCUAUGGCGGCUGCCGCCGUGCCCAAGGGCAAGUUCUCCAAGGGCAAGAACGUCUUCCUCGUCUCGCCCACCAUUGCUCCCCAGACUGUCGACGUCCUCCGCACUCGCUGCACUGGCUUUGGCGUUGAGCUCCAGAUUGCCGAGUCCAACGAGGGCUUCAAGGCUGAGGUUGCCAAGCUUGGCGACAAGCUGAUUGGUGCUCUCCUCCCCUACCCCGACGUCAACGGUGAGGUCAUUGACUGGACUUCGGUCGCCUCGGACCUCAAGAGCCACGGCGCCAUGGUCGUCGUCGCGUCCGACCUCCUCGCCCUCACUAUGCUCAAGCCUCCCGGAGAGUGGGGCGCCGACAUUGUCCUUGGCAACUCGCAGCGCUUCGGUGUCCCCGUCGGCUACGGUGGUCCCCACGCCGCCUUCUUCGCCGUCACCGAGGACCUCAAGCGCAAGAUCCCCGGCCGUAUCGUUGGUCUCUCGCACGACGCCUCGGGCGCCCCCGCCUACCGUCUCGCGCUCCAGACCCGUGAGCAGCACAUUCGCCGUGAGAAGGCCACCUCGAACGUGUGCACUGCCCAGGCCCUCCUCGCCAACAUGGCCGCCAUGUACGCCGUCUACCACGGCCCCGAGGGUCUCCGCAAGAUUGCCGGCAAGACUCACCAGCUCACCAAGGUCCUCGCCGAGGCCCUCACUGGCCUUGAGUACACCGUCACCAACAAGCAGUUCUUCGACACCCUCACCGUGGACGUCUCGACUGCCGGUGUCACCGCCGACCAGAUCCACAAGACCUCGGUCGCCUCGGGCAUCAACUUCCGUCGCAUCGACGACAAGCACGUCGGUAUCACCCUUGACGAGUCGGUUGGCCCGCUCGACCUCACCGACAUUGUCAACGUCUUCUACCGCGCCAAGGGCCUCAAGGAGAUCCAGCCCAACACCCUUGACGACAUCUCGCAGAAGCUCAACUUCUCGGCCCAGUCGGCUCUCACCCAGCCCAUUGACAGCCCCAUGGCCCGCACCACCGCGUUCUUGCCCCAGCCUGUCUUCAACCGUCACCACUCGGAGACGGACAUGCUCCGCUACAUGAUGCACCUCCAGCAGAAGGACUACUCGCUGGUCCAUGGCAUGAUCCCUCUCGGCUCGUGCACCAUGAAGCUCAACUCGACCUCGUCGAUGCAGCCUCUCUCGUGGAAGGAGUUUGGCGGUGUCCACCCCUUCGCCCCCGUCGACCAGGCCGAGGGCUACAAGACCAUGCUCACUGAGCUCGAGAAGGACCUCUCGCUCGUCACCGGUUACGACGCCACCUCGCUCCAGCCCAACUCGGGUGCUUCGGGCGAGUUUGCCGGCCUCAAGGUCAUUGACGCGUACCACAAGUCGCGUGGUGACAGCCACCGUAAUGUCUGCCUGAUCCCCCUCUCGGCCCACGGCACCAACCCCGCCUCGGCCGCCAUGAUGGGCUGGAAGGUGGUCCCCAUUAAGGCCCUCAACGACGGCUCGCUCGACCUCAAGGACCUUGAGGAGAAGGCCGUCAAGCACAAGGACAACCUCGCUGCGUUCAUGGUCACCUACCCCUCGACUUUCGGUACCUUUGACGAGGGUAUCGAGAAGGCGACCAGUCUCGUUCACGAGAACGGUGGUCAGGUCUACGUCGACGGCGCCAACGCCAACGCCCUCGUUGGUCUUACCUCGCUCGGCCGUGUCGGUGGCGACGUCUCGCACACCAACCUCCACAAGACCUUCUCGAUCCCCCACGGUGGCGGUGGCCCCGGUGUCGGCCCCAUCUCGGUCAAGAAGCACCUUGCGCCCUUCCUCCCCGGUCACUCGCUCGUCAAGACAGGUGGCGAGCACGCCAUCACCGCCGUCUCGGCUGCCCCCUACGGCUCGGCAUCGAUCAACCUCAUCUCGUGGGCGUACAUCAAGAUGCUCGGCGGUGCUGGUCUUACCGAGUCGUCCAAGAUGGCUCUCCUCAACGCCAACUACAUUGCUGAGCGCCUCCGUCCCUACUACAACCUCCGCUUCACCAACAAGAACGGCCACUGCGCCCACGAGUGCCUGAUCGACCUCGCCGAGUUCGAGGACAAGGCCGGUCUCCGUGUUCCCGACUUCUCGAAGCGUCUCCAGGACUACUCCUUCCACCCGCCCACAGCCCAGUGGCCCAUCAGCACCUGCUGGCUCAUUGAGCCCACCGAGUCCGAGCCCAAGCACGAGCUCGACCGCCUCGUCGACGCCCUCAUCAGCAUCCGCAAGGAGGUCGACGAGGUCAUCGAGGGCAAGCAGGACAAGGACAACAACGUGUUCAAGAACGCCCCCCACCCGCUGUCGGUUAUCACCGGCGAGAAGUGGGACCUCCCCUACUCGCGCGAGAAGGCCGCGUACCCCGUCCCCGGGCUGAAGAAGUCAAAGUUCUGGCCCACGGUUGGCCGUCUCGACGACGCCGCCGGAGACCUCAACCUCAUCUGCGAGGUAAGCAACCCUUCUGACAACGCUAAUUUCUCUAGUGCGGCACUGUGGAAGAUUGGCAAGCGUAGACGGCUCUGA